GGAAUACCACUGAAUACACACUUCUGGACCCUUAUCUUCUUAUCGCUCGUGGAGGACGAGAGGAGCACCUGUCGUCCAGUGUGUUUGCCCCGACAAUGGUCUACAAAGCGUUUCCUAUUUGAUGGUGAGGAGACACUCUCGUCCGACUACAUAUAUCGGUGUAAUGUCCAGUCCCUUCCAGUCCGUCUUCCUUUACCUACACACCUGAUCCAUCGUUCCAGUCCUUCGUCCUUUGAACAUCAUCCCCCUGUCAAUCAUGGUUCUCGAGCGAGUCAAGCAGUUGGCACAGCAAGUGUCCAACACUGUCUCUCCCCCUCAUCCUUUUGACCCUCUUUCUUCCAUAGAAAUCGAGAGUGCUGCGUCUCUCCUCCGCUCUCAGUACGGCAAACUAUACUACAAUGCCGUUACGCUGCUCGAGCCUCCCAAGGCUCAAAUGUUGAAAUGGUUGGCCGAUCCCGACCACACCCCCAGACCACACCGUAUGGCCGAUAUCGUCGUCAUCACGCCUGAAGGCAAAAUAUACGAUGGCCACGUCGAUAUCACCGAGCAGAAGGUUAUCAAAUGGCAACAUACCCCUGGCGUCCAGCCGCUGAUCACGACCGAAGACUUGUGUGCCGUUGAAGAGGUCAUGCGCAAAGACCCCGGCGUCAUUGAGCAGUGUGGUAUUCUUGGUAUUCCUCCCCAGGAUAUGCACAAGGUCUACUGUGAUCCCUGGACCAUCGGCUACGACGAACGAUUUGGCACUGGAGUGAGGCUCCAACAGGCUUUGAUGUAUUACCGACCUCACAUCGAUAACUCUCAGUACACCUACCCUCUGGAUUUCUGUCCCAUCUACGACUCGAACAAGGGACAAAUCAUCCAUAUCGAUGUACCAAAGAUUCGUCGACCUCUGAGCAAGGCUCCUCCCAACGACUACCACGUCAAGUCCAUCGAAGAGCUAGGUGGCUACAGAACCGACAUCAAGCCCAUCAACAUCACCCAGCCAGAGGGUGUCAGUUUCAAGGUCAAAGGCCGCAUCAUCGAGUGGCAAAACUGGUCUGUCCACGUCGGUUUCAACUACAAAGAAGGCAUCGUCCUGGGCAAUAUCACCUACUUCGACAAAGUCGAGAACAAAGCCCGACCGGUCUUUUACAGACUGUCUCUAGCCGAGAUGGUCGUCCCCUACGGUAACCCGGAACACCCCCAUCAACGCAAACACGCCUUCGACCUCGGUGAGUAUGGUGGCGGUUACAUGACCAACCCUCUCAGCCUAGGCUGCGACUGCAAGGGUAGCAUCCACUACAUGGACGCCGAAUUCGUGAACAAGGCCGGCGCGGCCAUCACCAUCAAGAACGCCAUCUGUAUCCACGAGGAAGACGCCGGUAUUCUCUUCAAGCACAGUGAUUUCCGUGACGACUUCCAGUCCACCAUGGUCACCCGCGCCCGGAAACUGAUCAUCAGCCACAUCUUUACCGCUGCCAACUAUGAGUACUGCGUAUACUGGAUCUUCCACCAAGACGGAACCGUCCAACUCGAGAUCAAACUCACUGGCAUUCUCAACACGUACUCCCUGCUCCCCGGCGAGGACACCAAGGGCUGGGGCACGGAAGUCUACCCAGGUGUCAACGCCCACAAUCACCAACAUCUGUUCUGUCUGCGAAUUGACCCGAACAUCGACGGACCGAACAACACCGUCUUCCAGGUCGACGCGGCUCAAGGUCCUGGCGAAGUCGGAUCCGAAGAGAACUUCUACGGCAACGCCUUCUACGCGAAGAAGAAGAAGUAUACGAACCCCAUCGAGGCCAUGUCCGACUACGACGGAUCCACCUCUAGAACUUGGGAGAUGUGCAACGAGAACAAAUUGAACCCCUACUCGCACAAGCCUGUCUCGUACAAGCUGGUCAGCAGGGAAGUUCCAGGGCUGUUGCCCAAGAAAGGAGGCCUGGUCUGGAAACGUGCCGGUUUCGCCCGUCAUGCCGUGCAUGUUACAAAGUACGCCGACGACCAAAUCCACCCGGCUGGCCGCCACGUCCCCCAGACAUCUGGAGAACCGUCGAUGGGAUUGCCGCAAUGGAUCGAAGCCAAUCCCUCCGAGAAGAUCGAUAACGAAGACGUUGUGCUCUGGCACACUUUCGGCAUCACGCACUUCCCGUCGCCAGAAGAUUACCCCGUCAUGCCUGCGGAGCCGAUGACCCUGCUGUUGCGCCCGAGAAACUUCUUCGUGCGGAAUCCGGCGCUCGAUGUGCCACCCAGCUAUGCAAGGACACCCAGCCAAGUCCUCGCUGGCAAGUCCGGAAACGGAUGCAAGGACAAGGCAAGCGUCUAUGUCUAGACGAAGCAUAUCCCGGUUCGAGUGUAUAUCGGAAGGAUAGGAUCGUGGGAAAUUUAUAUGUCUUUGAUGAUUUAGCGAAAAUUGAAAUUGAAAAUGUCCCAUGAGAUUUUAUAGGGGUAUGCAACAUAUUCAUGUUCAUCAGGAUGUCGAUGAUUCAUCUCCAAAGUACAAUAUCUAUAUCUAUUAGCAUAAUCACAAGCAAAAUUUCAAGUGUUGUUUGGGAUCGCC